UUUGUUCACGAAGAAGAACCCAGUUAGACCAGCCUGAUGAAACAGACUGUGCACCGACUUCAUUCCAGAGCUAUCUGAAACCAGCACACUUCCCCUGCCUGCACCUGCCCUAGGCUCUAUAAAAGACCCAGUGUUUGCCAUUUUAAACCACACCAACACUGCUGACUUUCCACUCUUCAACACCCAAAAUAGCACAGAUCAAUACACCAUGGGAAAUGAAACCACAGACUUCACUGACUGGCCACUGACAACAGAAUUUGAUUAUGGUGAUUCAACGCCUUGCCUUGGAACUGAGGAAAAGCACUUUGCAGCAAAUUUUUUGCCACCUCUUUAUUCUUUAGUGGUGAUAUUUGGCCUGACAGGCAACAUGCUUGUUGUCCUUAUCCUGGUGAAAUACAAGAGGCUGAAGAGUAUGACUGACAUCUACCUGCUCAACCUGGCAAUUUCUGAUCUGCUCUUUGUAUUUUCUCUCCCUUUUUGGGCUUAUUAUGCAGUUCACGACUGGAUUUUUGGGGAGGCACUAUGUCGAAUUCUGUCAGGUGUCUACCUCCUCGGCUUCUACAGUGGCAUCUUUUUCAUAAUCCUCUUGACUCUGGACAGGUACCUGGCCAUAGUGCACGCAGUGUUUGCUUUGAAAGCCAGGACAGUUGCCUAUGGCGUCCUCGCCAGCGUUGUCACUUGGGCUGUUGCUGUUCUUAUUUCUGUCCCUGGGGUAGUAUUUCACAAAACUCAGAAGGAAAGUUCAGGCUAUACUUGCAGUGCUCAUUAUCCAAGUGAUUCCACAGUAAGUUGGAAGUACUUUUUUAUUUUAAAGAUGAACAUUCUGGGACUUGUUGUUCCAAUGCUCAUUAUGAUCUUCAGUUACUCACAAAUUCUUAAAACAUUAUUGAGAUCUAAGAAUGAGAAAAAACAGAAGGCAGUCAAACUUAUUUUUGUAAUCAUGAUUUUUUACUUCAUCUUCUGGACACCAUUCCAUAUUUCUUCUUUUUUGCAUACAUUUCAAAAUUCACUUUUCAUGCCAGAUUGUGAACUUAAAGGACAACUGGAGAAAGCAAUUCAAGUGACAGAAACAAUCUCAAUGAUCCACUGUUGCAUCAAUCCUGUGAUCUAUGUAUUUGUUGGAGAAAAAUUUAGGGCAUAUCUUUAUACCUUUUUCCGAAAGCAUGUCGCACCUCACCUUUGCAAAAAAUGUCCAGGUCUUUAUCGUGAAAAAUUGGAAAGGGUCAGUUCCACAUUCACACAAUCCACUGCAGAGCACGACAUCUCUACUGGACUGUAAAAUUAGAAUAUUAGUUAGCAAAUUUUGUAUCACUUACUUUGCCUUAAGGAGUGCCUGACAUAAUUUAAGAUCUUUAUGUCGACCACUGCUGAAAACUGUAUGACCCCCUACUGUUGUAGGGAGUCUGCUCCCUGGGAUUACAGUAUUUUCCAUUGCUAAACUAAGAGAAUCAAUGAGUUCUCCAGGAAACAUUAACUGCACAGCUGGGUCAUAUCAAGAUUUGAAUAGGGGCCAGACAAAUAUGAUCAUGCUUCUUUACAAAAAUCUAUCCACUGGGAUUUACUGAGGGAGGAAUACAAUAUUGAAAAGUCUAAGGGGAAAUAGGUCAUCUCACAAGAUCUUAUUGGGACCAUUUAAUUCAAGAAUGUUUCUGUUUUGCUAAUAGUGCAAUAAUUUUCAAACAUAAUCCUUUAACAGUUAUAACUAAGUUAUAUCAUUUUGAUUUUUGCUUUUUAAUUUUAUGUCUGCCAUAUCACCAUUCAGUUGCUGACUUUUUUCAAAGUGUGCUUUUAAUCAGCAACAUUGUGAUUUUUGUGGGUGCAAUUUUUCCAGCAACUGCACACCAAGUUUCCUGACUGCACAACAAGACAAUGAUACACUCCUAAAAAAGUGUGAGCCUGUUUCUGCCAAGCCAUAUCUCUCCAAGGAAAAACAAACCACUAAACCAAUAAAGGCCCUUCAGCAAAGAUCUGCAAGAAUGAAAAUUACCUCGGUAUGUGCUAUUCAAGUUUCUGUAUGAGAAAAAUAUCAGGACCCUCUGAUGGAUGUAAGCACGGUACUGAGAGCAGGCCUCCCUAGUUCUGGACAGGUAAAUCAUACACAGAAGAAGAGUUUACAUGGCAACCAGUGUGUCAGGUUAGGCUCCUGUUUGGGAAAAACAUGCUCUUCACACACAAAGUCUGACUUUUGGGAUACAUGUCUAGGAAGACAAUGGUCUUGGAACUGCAAAAUCAACCAAUUCCAGACAAGGCAUACCUUCCUGCCUCUCCAGGAGAAGAGUGUCCCCAGGCAACUGGUACCUCAAUGAGAACUGCAUGCUGAUUGAAGACUCAAGACCAUUGGCCUAGUGGUGUACUAUGGCCAUGCAUUUACUCCACUAUUAAGAGUUUCCUGUAAAAGAAAGGAAUUCUAGGGACAUGGGGUUAGAAGAGGAAGGAGGAGCACAGCAGACAAUUUCCUACUUCAAACUGUAAAGAAUGCAAGUGAACACUCCUUAUGCUAGUGAGCUCUCCUUCUGUUUUUUUCCCCAUUUCCUUGGAAGGGCACUGCUCAUGCAUGCAAGGACUUGCUCAUGGAAAUCUGGAGGGGCAGUUCAACUAACCUCCAGCAAGGACACCAGGGGGAAUUCCACACUACUUAAGGUCAGGCAUGUGAUGCAGAUGCCUAAAUUAACAGCAAAUCUCUUCGAGGUCCGUCAGUGGUCAGCUGAGAAUAAGAAGUGCCUGAGCCAGAAGCAGCCACGGGAUUUAAAUAGUCUCAGGGGAAGAUUAACUGUGGAAGGAACCUGAAAAUGCCAGCCUCUUAAUGUGGGUAUCAGAUGCCUUAAUCUAGGUGGUGAAAAUACUCUUGUUCCUCUUGCCUUAAAAUGCCCGGGCACUGCUUCUAUUAGUUGUUAUUUCUUAUCCCAUCAGCUAUUACAACCUUGUGAGGUUAACAGCCACAGAUAGACUACACAAAAGACCUAAAGCUAUCCUCACAGUCAACUUUCUUGCUUAAAAAUAAUAGUUGUCCUUUCUUUUCUACUUUCUUUACUUUAAAAAUGUGAAAGCACCUUUAUAAUUUUAAAGUAUAAAUUAGUUGAAUGUGUUGCAAUUCCUGCUGUAAUGGUGAUAUUUCUCCUCCUAUGUUUAAUUGUAAAUCCUUAUCUUGUUGGAAUUAAAUUUCUUCCUGCUUUCAUGUUAAUGCAGUGAAAUUAAUAAAAUCAGUGUCUGGAAAUCUGUGUA